GUGCGUUAUGCUGAAACGACAUAGAAGAGGUGGUGAGCGACUCGCGCAGGAGGAACAACUUUCUCUCGUGUGCUUUAGAUGGAUAUACGGUGUAUUAUGUAUGCUUGAACGGAUCUAAAGUUUUGUGCUUCGCUUCACCGGGAGUGGAAUUUGAUUUGAUCAACUAAAAUAUAAAAACGUUAAGCGCUUUACAUACAUUGAAGAACUCGUACGUUUCUGUGAAGUUAGUUAUACAUUGACAAAAAGUGGACGUUUAUUCUUGAGAAACCAUGUCUAUGCUUCCAACAUUCGGCUUUACUCAAGAGCAAGUGGCGUGCGUCUGUGAAGUCCUUCAGCAGGGUGGUAACAUUGAACGUCUCGGGCGCUUUUUGUGGUCUCUGCCGGCCUGCGAACAUCUCCACAAGAACGAAAGUGUUCUCAAAGCAAAAGCCGUGGUCGCUUUUCACAGGGGAAAUUUCAGAGAGCUUUAUAAGAUUCUCGAGAGCCACCAGUUCUCUCCGCACAAUCAUCCGAAACUCCAGCAGCUGUGGCUCAAAGCGCAUUACAUCGAGGCAGAAAAGCUGCGUGGCCGCCCUCUCGGGGCUGUUGGGAAGUACCGCGUCCGAAGAAAGUUUCCACUGCCCCGGUCCAUUUGGGACGGCGAGGAGACCAGUUACUGCUUUAAGGAAAAAAGCAGAAGCGUGCUGCGGGAAUGGUACACCCAUAAUCCAUACCCUUCCCCGCGGGAGAAGAGAGAACUAGCAGAGGCAACUGGGCUAACAACAACACAAGUCAGUAACUGGUUUAAAAACAGACGUCAGCGAGACCGAGCAGCGGAGGCUAAAGAAAGGGAGAACAACGAAAACUCGAACACAAACAGUCACAACCCGUUGACGUCCAUGAAUGGAAGUAAAACUAUGUUAGGAAGCUCGGACGACGACAAAACGCCGUCUGGUACACCAGAUCACACCUCGUCAAGCCCGGCCAUGCUCCUCACGUCAAACCCUGGGAUGCAGUCCCUUCACGGCCUCGCACCUCCACCUGGUCCCAGCGCCAUCCCAGUGCCUAGUGCAGAUUCGGUGCAUCACCACCACUCAUUACACGACACUAUACUGAACCCUAUGUCAUCAAACUUGGUCGACCUUGGCUCUUAAGCAUAUGGACACUUUAAAAGGAGGCUUGUACAUGGACGAUUAGCGUAAAACAUCUCCAGACACUUAAAAUGCGAUGAAAAGUUAAGGAAUGGACAAAAAGAGUUGUGGAUGUUUAUCGGCUGACCUAGGCCUACAUGCAAAGCUGAUAUGGAGGGCCUUGAGAGAGGUAUUUUUCUAGAAUGUAAUGCGAUGGUUUAUUGAUAAUAAACAUGCUAACAAACGUCUUAAUUGUUGAUAUCAACAUUUUUUAAAUCGUUAUUUUAGAUUGAUCCAUGACUCAGUCGCAUAUUCAGUUUGUUUACAUUUUCUUUAAAGAGGCCAUAAAUAGUUUGGGAUUUCGUUUUAUGAAAUGUUUUUAAUACAUGCGCAUCAAGUAUAAACCAUAAUCUUUUCGUUUUCAUUUGUUUUCAUUUGUUUACUUUUGGAAAGCGACUGCAUGUAAACUUUGGGAUCAGUAAUAAACUAUAAACUCAAACCCAUCAUAGUUUCAUAUACCCUUUACAAUAAAAUAAGAUGCAUUUACUGAGCAAAGAAAA